CCUCCUACUCCUCCACUAUGUUGAAGCUAGUGCUGCUUCUCUGGCUGGUCACGAGGACUCUGACUUCUGGACCAGAUUUCUACGACUAUUUCCAGAGUGGAGACAUGGGCACAGAGGUAGGGAAAGUGGAAAGUGUGCGAGGAGGGGGAGGAGGAGGGGGAGGGGGAGGCAGCCUUGGCCUGGACUCGGUCAGCAACCUGGACGAGCUCCUGCAGCUCCUCCACCCGGAGGCCAGCCGGCUGCAGCUGUGCCUGAGGAGGCGGAGCCAGACCCCCACCUCGCUGCUCCUCCACCCAGCGGGCGGCGCCCAGGAGGAGGAGCAGGUGGAGGAGGCGCUGUGGGGGAACCCCCGGCAGGAGGCCCUGAGGAGAGCCGACGGCGUCUUUGAAGUGGUCCUGGAGGAGCUCCAGCGGACCGUCUGCCGUCCCAGAGAGGUGUGCGUGGAGGUCUCCAAGGAGGCCCCGGAGCCCAGCAGCCGGCAGUACCUCCCCCGCUGCGUGGCGCUGCACCGCUGCGGGGGCUGCUGCCACCACGAGGGCGUGGCCUGCACCAACACCUCCCACCACCUGGUCAACAAGACCGUGCUGGAGCUCUCUCCUCUGAUGGAGCGUCUGGUUGUCACGGUGACCUUCGUCAACCACACGUCCUGUGAAUGCGUGAGCAAGCGUCCGCUGAGGACCGUCAUCAGACGCCACGCGCCCCCCCUCUGCCCCCCUCCGCAGGCUCCCUGUUCUCCAGGACUAUUCUGGGAUGCCGAAGGCUGCGAGUGCGUCCCUGACGACGGUAGCCACCCGGUCAGAGACCUGGGCGCCUUUGCCCCGGGGCCCCUGGCCUUGUGCGGCCCCCGCCGGGCCCUGGACGACGCCAGCUGUGAGUGCGUGUGUCGCAACGGCCUGACGGACAGCAGCUGUGAGCCGGGCUGGAGGCUGGACCACGACACCUGUGAGUGCCAGUGUGAGGAGCAGGUAGAGGGGCGGGGCUGUCCGUCUGGCCAGCGCUGGGAGGCGGAGCUCUGUGGGUGUGUCUGCGCAGCCCGUUGCCCUGGCGACCAGCCCCUGAACCCGGACACCUGCCUCUGCCAGUGCCGGGAGAGCCCUCAGAGCUGUCUGCGGCAGGGGAAGAGGUUCAACACACACACCUGCAGUUGCUAUCGGUUACCGUGCAGGAAGUCCAAGCGAGGAUGUCCGCGAGGGUUCUACUACAGCUCACAGGUGUGUCAGUGCAUCCCCACCUACAUGAGGCCGGCCUGGAACUGACCAAUCACAGACCAGCACACCUGGGACGGGCCAAUCGCAGACCAGCACACCCUGGAACUGACCCAUCACCGACCAAGACACCCUGGGAUGGGCCAACCACAGACAGGCACAUCGUGGGACGGACCAAUCACAGACAGGCACAUCGUGGGACGGACCAAUCCCAUGGGGGGAGUGUGAGAGCUCCUCUGUCUGGACUGGAGCUACGGAGAAGUCUCCACCUUCCUUUGUGUUCAGCGACCAGACUGAACCUGUUCCCUCCCUCUCCGUUGGACUACUGCUUAUUUAUGCAUCUGAUAUAUUUGUUGUAUUUUAACUUUAAAUUGAAAAUAUGACCGACAAAGUACUGUCACUACAGUACUGCUACCACAGUCAGACUUUUACCACAGGGUACUUACAGAUGUAGUAACAGUACUGUUACUACACCUGUAAGUACCAAGUCGUUUUUACAGUACUGUUACUACAGAGUACUGGAUAUACUGUAUGUGUUCCGUCUCCCAUAGCGAAGAAUUUAACAACAAUAAGUUCAACCUUCUAGACAUUUGAGAUUCUGAGUGGGUUCUAAUGAAGCAAUGAUUGAUUCACCGUCAAAACCAUCACUGAAGCAGCAGCAGCGAAACCGUUGCGGCAUAAUCUUCUCUCUGUAUUUUAAGACUUUUGUGUCGCAAAUAUUGUGUGUCUGUAUGUCUGUAGGGGAGAUUGGGGUAAGAUGAGCCAACUUUUACUCAUGUCGUCCUCUAGGCAAGCAAAAAUAAGACUGAUGUCAAAUGAGACAUCUACCUUUGUUUCAGGAUGUCCCCUGUCAAUCAAAAUGAUAACAAUGCAUUUAAGACAUAAGUCUUUGAGGUAAGUUGAGCCAUCUUGGGGUAAAUUGAACAAUUUACUUUUUCAAGUCCUUUUCCAAAUAGCCUUAUUUAUUCGCCCACGGUGACUUUAAACCAUAUAAAACCUGGCACUAUUUCUGUA